CGCUGUGCCCCGGAAGCGGAAGUAUGACUCCGGGCUGUCAGAGAGUGUUGCUCGGUGGUCCUGAAAUCUAGAAGAGUUGUUUUCGCUUCGGUUUUCCUGGCUCUCGAGCGCUUCCCCCCUGGCGGGUGGGAGUGCAGACAGGAAAGCGCAAGAUGAGCACCAUGUUCGCGGACACGCUGCUCAUCGUAUUUAUUUCCGUGUGCACGGCUCUUCUCGCCGAGGGCAUAACCUGGGUCCUGGUUUACAGGACCGACAAAUACAAGAGACUGAAAGCGGAAGUGGAAAAACAGAGUAAAAAAUUGGAAAAGAAGAAGGAAACAAUAACAGAGUCAGCUGGUCGACAGCAAAAGAAGAAAAUAGAGAGGCAAGAAGAGAAACUGAAAAAUAACAACAGAGACUUAUCAAUGGUCCGGAUGAAAUCCAUGUUCGCGAUUGGCUUUUGUUUUACUGCCCUGAUGGGAAUGUUCAAUUCCAUAUUUGAUGGCAGAGUGGUGGCAAAACUCCCCUUCACCCCCCUCUCCUACGUGCAAGGGCUGUCUCACCGGAACCUGCUGGGGGAUGACACCACGGACUGCUCCUUCAUCUUCCUGUACAUUCUCUGCACCAUGUCGAUUCGCCAGAACAUCCAGAAGAUCCUCGGUCUUGCCCCUUCACGAGCGGCCACCAAGCAGGCAGGUGGAUUUCUGGGUCCUCCGCCUCCUUCUGGGAAGUUCUCUUGAAAUCAAGAAGAACCCUACAAUUCCCAUCUUUUUCAACAUUCACAUUAGACUGGCGACUGUUUUGUACAAGAGCCGUCCACAGACUUAGCACUUGGGCCCCCCUCUAAUUCGGAGUUAUUGCUAGACUUUUUGGAUACAAUUCUAAAGAGAAUGGCACCUGCCAAACAUGAUAAUACUUUCAGUCACAGGGUAAUUAAAAAAAAAAAGUUUGUUGAUUAGAUAAGUUCAAGUGAUAUCUAUGUAAUAAGAAAUGAGUGGCAUCUUCGUUGUUUGGCUCACACGAACACUUCCUGUGGGACUGACUCUUGGGUCCGUGUGUGCGCCGUGUACCCUGGACAUUGUCCCCCCAAAGCAUUUAGAGAUCGCGAAGAAAAAGCUAGUUUGCAUUACUCUUCAUUGGAACUAUGUGUUGUGCAUUUCUCCCUAAGCCAAAUAUAUGGCCUGAAAUCAAUAAAGAGGCCAAAAUGUUAGCUGUUCCAUCUA